GCGAGAGAAGCGCAAUGACAUUUCCUCUUUAAAUAACCGGAGCCGGGGCCCCUUGGAGAAAUGGCCGCGUCGGCAGAUUUAAGUAAGUCUUCCCCAACAACGAAUGGGAUUCCAUCUUCAGACACAGCCAACGAUGCCAUGGACCCCUUCCAUGCUUGCAGUAUUCUUAAGCAACUCAAAACAAUGUACGAUGAAGGACAGUUGACAGACAUUGUAGUGGAAGUGGAUCACGGGAAAACAUUUUCCUGUCAUAGAAACGUUCUUGCUGCAAUCAGCCCCUACUUCAGAUCCAUGUUCACUAGCGGCCUUACAGAAAGUACUCAAAAAGAAGUUCGAAUAAUCGGUGUUGAAGCUGAGUCGAUGGAUUUAGUAUUGAAUUAUGCCUAUACCUCCAGAGUUACUCUGACAGAGGCCAAUGUUCAAGCCUUGUUCACUACAGCUAGCAUCUUCCAGAUUCCUUCCAUACAAGACCAGUGUGCUAAGUAUAUGAUUAGUCAUUUGGACCCCCAAAAUUCCAUUGGGGUCUUUAUCUUUGCUGAUCAUUAUGGUCAUCAGGAACUUGGGGAUCGAUCAAAAGAAUACAUUCGUAAAAAGUUUCUGUGUGUCACCAAAGAACAAGAGUUUCUUCAGCUGACAAAAGACCAACUCAUAAGCAUACUCGAUAGUGAUGAUUUAAAUGUAGACCGGGAAGAACAUGUUUAUGAGAGCAUUAUUAGGUGGUUUGAACAUGAGCAGAGUGAAAGAGAAGUGCACCUUCCAGAGAUUUUUGCCAAAUGUAUACGUUUUCCUCUGAUGGAAGAUACAUUUAUAGAGAAAAUUCCAUCUCAGUUUGCACAGGCUAUAGCCAAAAGCUGUGGAGAAAAGGGACCAUCCAGCACCAAUGGCUGUACCCAGAGGCUUGGAAUGACUGCUUCCGAAAUGAUCAUAUGCUUUGAUGCUGCCCAUAAACACUCAGGAAAGAAGCAAACAGUGCCUUGUCUAGACAUAGUCACAGGAAGAGUGUUUAAACUAUGCAAACCACCAAAUGACCUAAGAGAAGUGGGAAUUCUUGUGUCACCAGAUAAUGACAUUUACAUUGCAGGAGGGUACAGGCCAAGCAGCAGUGAGGUCUCCAUCGAUCAUAAGGCAGAAAAUGAUUUCUGGAUGUACGACCAUUCCACCAAUAGAUGGCUAUCCAAGCCACCCUUGCUUCGAGCCAGAAUAGGCUGCAAACUAGUACAUUGCUGUGGUAAAAUGUAUGCAAUUGGAGGCCGGGUUUAUGAGGGUGAUGGGAGAAACUCACUGAAAUCGGUGGAGUGCUAUGACAGCAGAGAGAAUUGUUGGAUGACUGUUUGCGCAAUGCCGGUUGCAAUGGAAUUUCACAAUGCUGUGGAGUACAAAGAAAAGAUCUAUGUUUUACAGGGAGAAUUUUUCCUCUUCUAUGAGCCUCAAAAAGACUACUGGGGUUUUUUAACCCCCAUGACUGUGCCUAGAAUCCAGGGCUUAGCAGCUGUAUACCAGGACUCUAUCUACUACAUAGCUGGAACCUGUGGAAAUCAUCAACGUGUGUUUACUGUAGAAGCCUAUGAUAUUGAGCUGAAUAAAUGGACUCGUAAGAAGGACUUUCCAUGUGAUCAAUCCAUAAAUCCAUACCUUAAGCUGGUACUUUUCCAGAAUAAACUCCAUUUAUUUGUCCGAGCUACUCAAGUAACUGUUGAAGAACAUGUCUUCAGAACCAGCAGGAAAAAUUCCCUUUACCAGUAUGAUGACAUUGCUGACCAAUGGAUGAAAGUGUAUGAGACCCCAGAUAGGCUGUGGGACCUUGGCCGUCAUUUUGAAUGUGCUGUUGCUAAACUCUAUCCCCAGUGUCUUCAGAAAGUGCUGUGACAAGUAGCAGACUAAGUAGCAGGCCUUAGUACAUCGCUGGCAUCUCAAACUGAAGAAUCUUGUCUUAGGAAGUGUUGGUAGUGAGGAAGACUGAGAGUUGUAUACGGAAAUGGGUGCUCUUAAGCAUUAUGGCAUGGGGAGGGAUUUGCUUUACCUUCGUGAUAUUUCCAUUUCAGUAGGGAAAAGGUAACAAAGUGCAAUUAGCAGCAUUUUUCCACCCCUGGCUUAAAAGUAAUUUUUUCAUUCUAGCGUUUUGUGAUAAAGUCACCGAGAUACCAGAUGAAUCAAGACAACUAUGCACUCUUACAAAAGCAGAGUAUUCCUGGGUAGACACAUCCAAACUAGUUUCAUGUGGCUUUUUAUUUAAAUACGGGUAACAAUAUGAGGCAAUAUCAUUAGGACUUUAUUUAGCUGUGACCUCUCUAUACAGAGAAGCAUUAACUUAGAUCCUCAUUCUUAAUAUUUAUAUAUAUUUACAUAUAUUUUUGUGUACUGUUUUCAAGUGUACGAGAUUUAAAUGUGUUCUGUUAUCAGUAGACUAAGGAAAAAUCAGUCUGGGAAAGAACUUUUAGAAUUUCCUAUUUCCCAUGUAACUUUUAAGUUAAGCUAAAGUUUUAAAGUGGCAGUUUUCUGUCCAUAACUUUUUCAAGUGCUAACACUGUCUCAUUUUUUUUAAAAUCCCAGAAAGGGCUCAGAUUUGCAGGUGACUGGUGCUAGCAUAAGUUAAUUCACAUGUAGGGAUAGAUAGAGCUAAAUGGUUCGAGUCUAUGUUGGUCUUUCAAAUUAGCAUGCUGGUUUCCUGGCCAUAGUGCUUUACCUUGUCAUUUCACAAGCUCUGUUUGUGUGAUCAGAUAUGACCCGUUAUUGGUCUAACUGGAUUCAGUUUUACAGUACCAAGUUUGCACUAACAUGGGCUGUUUUGUUGCCCAACCUCCUUUUCCAUCCUCUACCUGUCCAGUCAUAGUCAGUACAAUGAAAGUUAACUUAUAAUGUGAAAUUUUACACCUACUUUUAAAGUUCUGUGUGAUUCCUGAAGUGGUCUAAUAAUCUAAUGGCUUUGAAGUUUCAUAUUACAGCUAUAGCCUCUUGUUGUUGCUGUUUCACACUCAAUAGUGAGGAAUACUUUUAUGUGGAAAGACUUGUCUUAGCUGAAGGUGAUGGAGAAGGAAGAGUGAGUGAACUGAAUCAUAGGAUCAUGGACCAUAGGUACUAGUCACUGUUCAUAUUUAACUGAUACGUUUCUCAGUUAGGAAUAUUAGCAUGAAAAACUAACACUGUACCUAAGGCAGGCAUUUGGAUUGGUAACAUACUCGUUACUGUGCCUAGUGUAGCCAAUACAGAAUAUGAGAACAGGUCAGAGGCUGUCUGUGCUUAGAGUAGUUUGAUUCUCUUGAAGAAAAACUGGCAUGGUUUGUAUUUUUUAAAAAAAUCUUGCAGAAAUUGUAAAGUGAUACUGUGAAACAGACUGAAAACAUUGCCUCCUUGCAUCACAUACCUCGUCUUUCAGGAACUUUCUAAACUGCUUUACAAAGAGCUCUGGAAGUAGGGAUGGUUUUCUGAAGAGGAAGUUCAAGUGGACAGCAUUCACAAAUUAAUGGUUAAAUGUCCUACAGAGCUGGAAAUAUGGUUUCUUCUAAUUGGCCUUGAUGGUGUGUCUACAAUCUCUUUGUAAAAUUUCUCAACCAAUAUUUUUACCUCUCUUGUUUGUCUUGUAUUUUCUUUUUCUUCAUGCUGUUUUAGGAUUAUUCUGUGAAGUUUUUUGAUUUAUAUUUACAGUUUUGCAUUACUAAUAGGGAAAAUAAUUUUUACAAGAGAUAUCCAUGUAACUUAUUUUGAAAGUUUUGCUGAAUAUCUAAGAUUCCUGCCACUUUGUGACAAUCUCUGUAUUUGGGAAAACGUACUACUUGAAAACAUGACAUAGACCGUUGAGUUAGCAGUGUACAGGUACAGUGCGGUGUACACGAGAAAAUACACUGUGAGUAUUUCUACAGUAGAUUUUCCCUGUUGAUCUGUAUAGCAGUUACCCUUUCAUUAUAACAGUGUGCAUUGAGGGUAUGAUCUAAGUAUAGUGUGUCAAAACCAAGGCUUAGAACUUAUUAUGGGAGUAGACUAUAUUGAAUUUUGUAUGAAGAACUGUUUGUUUACAUUACAUAGCCAGAAUAUUUUGCCACUUUUAAAAUGAUUUCAGAAGAGGUCCUAGGAAACUAAGAUUAGUGAUAGGUGUGGGUUUACAUGUAGGUACUUAAGGUACAUUUUCAUAGUGUGAAUAUAAGUAAAGGCACAAUGGCUACUACAGACUUAAAAGAUCUAACAAAUGCCAAUCCCAACUAUGUUUCUGCAUUUGAAGAAUGUAUGUAGCACUUUCCUAUAUAUUUUUUACAUGUUGAAAACUGGACUAGGUGUAACUAUGUUCUAGGAAAGUAGAAAUUGUAUUAUUUAUUGUUUAUCUUUGUUUCCUGUGAUCCCCCAAAAUUGAUGCUUAAGUGUUAAGCUGGUAUCAUUGGUGCAUGUGAAAAAGUGGCUGUGAUCCGUAAGGAACCAGAGUCCCGUGUAAAGAAGUUUAAAAUGGCAUUCAAUGUUCAGUGCUCAGGUAUGUAGUAAGUACUGUAGUCCUAUGGGGGCAAAUGUGUAGAUUUUUAAACAUUUUGCCAUAAUUGCACAAUUUUUUGCAUUUUUACCUGAUGUCAUUGUUUCUUGUAAUAAAACCUUUUCUGAUUGAAAA